AUGGCUCGAAUCGCGAUUCUCUCUUUGUUUCUGGUACUCUUGUGUCUGAGCAGCGGGCUUGUCCAACGCCCAAAUUUCGCAGCAGACGCAAGAUUGCUGGAGAACAUCGGAACGCCCUCAACACUCCGAGAACGUGACGAUGUCCCUGCCGGCUUCGUCGCAUCCCCGUACUAUCCUGCACCCCGCGGAGGAUGGCUGAGCGAGUGGUCAGCCGCCUACGCAAAAGCACAGUUGGUGGUUGCAAACAUGACGCUGGCUGAGAAAGUCAAUCUCACGACUGGAACUGGACUAUUCAUGGGACGCUGCUCAGGUAACACUGGAUCGGCGCUUCGUUUUGGCAUUCCUAGUCUGUGCCUGCAGGACUCUGCUCUGGGCAUUGCUGCGACGGAUAACAUCACUGCUUUCCCGGCUGGGAUCACGGUUGGUGCUACUUGGAAUAAAGCUUUGACUUAUGCCAGGGGAGCUGCUAUUGGGGCUGAGGCUCGGGGAAAGGGUGUCAACAUCCAACUUGGGCCAACAGUUGGCCCCAUUGGCCGCAAGCCGAGAGGUGGAAGAAACUGGGAAAGCUUUGGAGCUGACCCAGUCCUUCAGUCAUGGGGCGGCGUUGAGACUAUCAAGGGAAUGCAAGACCAAGGUGUGAUAGCUACGAUCAAGCAUUUCAUUGCCAACGAGCAGGAAGCGUAUCGUAUGGACAUCCCUCCCCACGGCUUGAUGAAAGCACUCAGCAGCAACCUCGAUGACCGGACCCUUCACGAGCUUUAUGCUUGGCCAUUUGCUGAUGGUAUCCGAGCUGGUGUUGGGGCUGUAAUGACAGCUUACAACGAUGUCAAUGGAAGCGCGUCAUCCCAGAACAGCAAGAUGAUGAAUGGCAUUCUGAAGGAUGAGAUGGGAUUCCAGGGACUCGUGAUGAGCGACUGGCUUGCCCAAAUUGGUGGUGUCAGCUCUGCACUGGCAGGUUUGGAUAUGGCGAUGCCAGGUGAUGGAAAUACACCACUUCUUGGCCUUUCUUAUUGGGGCUACCAACUUUCCACGGCAGUUCUUAAUGGCACGAUCCCGCUCGAGCGUAUGAACGAUAUGGUGACGCGUAUCGUAGCCACAUGGUACCAACUUGGUCAGGAUAAAAACUUCCCGGAGCCAAACUUCUCCUCCAAUACGGCAGAUCGCACGGGAAAUUGCUAUCCCGGCUCUCUGGUUGGGCCAACUUGUGUCGUUAACGAGUAUGUCAAUGUUCAAGCAGAUCAUGGGAAUAUCGCUAGGGAGAUCUCGAGAGAAGCCAUCACGGUGCUGAAGAAUGACAAUAAGACCCUGCCACUUUCAAGCAAAUCAGUCCUGAAGAUCUUCGGAACAGAUGCAGCCAAGAAUCCGGAUGGGAUCAACGCCUGCAACCAACGCUCUUGCAACAAGGGAACUCUGGGAAUGGGGUGGGGAUCAGGUACGGCCAAUUAUCCAUACUUGGAUGACCCAAUCACUGCCAUCAGGCUCAGAGCCGCAAACACAACCCUUUACAACACCGACUCCUUCCCGUCAGGUCUGACUGAAGCUGCCGGCGAUAUUGCCAUGGUAUUCAUCAGUAGUGACUCUGGAGAGAAUCAGUACACCGUUGAAGGAAACAACGGUGACCGCAAGGAGAGUGGUCUGUAUGCGUGGCACAACGGAGACGACUUGGUCAGAGCAGCAGCAGCCAAGUAUGCUACAGUUGUUGUUGUAGUUCACACAGUUGGCCCUAUUCUCGUGGAAAAGUGGGCCGAUCUCCCAUCGGUGAGAGCAAUUGUUUUUGCCCAUCUACCGGGCCAGGAAGCUGGCAACUCGCUAACCGAUAUCCUCUUUGGCGACUACUCACCGAGUGGUCAUCUCCCCUAUUCUAUUCCAAAAGCUGAGACCAACUACCCGGCAUCUGUCAGUCUGAUGGGGUUCCAAUUCUUUCAAGUGCAAGACACCUUCACCGAGGGCCUGUACAUCGACUACCGGUAUCUGAAUAAGCAUUCUAUAGCACCUCGCUACGCAUUCGGUCACGGUCUCUCCUACACCACAUUCUCCAGGACGAGUGUAACAGUCACUGCUGGAGAAGCCAUGACAUCGAUUCCUCCUACUCGAGCAGCCAAAGGUCCUGCCCCGGCAUUCAGCAGUGCAAUUCCCUCGCCCGCUGAGGUCGCCUGGCCCACAGGAUUCACCAAGAUCUGGAGAUAUCUAUACCCGUACCUUGACAACCCCCAGGAUAUUGUCGCCACCAACAAGUUCACCUAUCCCGCAGGCUACCAAAGCACCCCUCAACCCGACCCGGUCGCGGGCGGCGCCCAAGGUGGAAACCCCGCCCUCUGGGAUGUCAUGUUCACGAUCGCCGUCAAGGUGACCAACACGGGCACGUUUGCCGGCAAGGAAGUCGUGCAAGUCUACGUUCAAUAUCCGAGCGACAACCCGUGGGACACGCCUAUCAUCCAGCUCCGGGCUUUCGAGAAGACGGCCACCCUCGCGGCUGGUGCGAGCGCCUCGGUCACAUUGCAACUCACGCGCAGGGAUCUGAGUAUCUGGGACGUGGUCCGACAGAACUGGAUCAUCCCCGUUAGCACCUCCCAGCCGUUUGUGUUUUGGAUUGGCAACUCGAGUGCGGGAUUGACGUUGGCUUGCGAGAGUUUGAGCAAGACGUGUUCGGACGGGAGGACGGAGCCUGUUCCUUGA